CAGAGCGAAGGCAGAGCGAGCCAGUCGCCGGUGCAAACUGUUACAGGAUACUAAUAUUAUUAGAAUGGCUCGACCAACCCAUUUGGUGCUGCUCCUCGUCACGCUGGGCGUAGUACAUACUUCCCAGGGUCACGCCCGCUCCUUCACUAGAUGUCAACUGUCCAGAGAACUGCUGCGGUAUAAUUUCCCAAGGAGUAUGAUACCUAACUGGGUGUGCCUGAUCGAGCACGCGAGUGGCAGAACCACAGACAAAGUAACAAACCACAACAACUCGUACACCAGCUACGGACUAUUCCAGAUCAACAACAAGGAUUGGUGCAAGAAGGGACGGAAAGGUGGACAUUGCAAUAUUAAGUGCGAAGAUCUCCUGAACGAGGACUUGGCGGAUGACGUGCGAUGUGCGAAGCGUAUCUACGACCGUGUGGGAUUCAAAGCCUGGCCGACCUCAUUCUCUUAUUGCAAGGAGAACAGUCUGCCUGACUUGUCUAGAUGUUAAGUUUAAGACGAAGGGUGAAAGACAAGUGCCGCUUGAUAUCCAUAAUAACUCCAUGCUAUGAUGGUAAUACUAUGCGAGGAUUCGGAACAAUUAGGUUUGACCUUAUGGCACACUAGUGCCAUCUCGAAUCAAAAACCCUUAUAUGAAGAGUAUAGUAUACCUAAUUCUUAAAUUAAAGUUUGCUAAAAAAAUGAUAUCGGUCAUAUCUGCAUAAUAGAAUCUUAGAGAACACACAAUAAUAACUUUGAUGAAAUAGAUCUAUUCAGUUGUACUAAACCUAAAUUUAAAGAACACAUCAUUAAAUGUAUUAAUAAAUGCAAUCAGGACACCAACUCCGUAUCUUAAAUCAUUAUUCCGAAAUCUUAGUCUUUGUAACUAACUAACCGAUUAAGUAAGUCAUUGUUUGUUCUUGAUCUUAUUUUGUUAAGUUAAUUAAGUCCGUUCGAAUGUUUACAAAAUCUAGGAAAUAAGGUAUACCUAUUAUUAGCCUUAAUCUCUGUAAUUCACGCAAACUAUUGUAAAUGUAACGCUGUUGGUUUUCUAAACAAACAA